UCCAGCUUGUGGCGGUAAUGCACCGUUAAACUGGUUUGCCAACCGCCAUUAAACCCUAAAGAAGAAGAAGAAGAAGAAGUGUUUCUGAAAGAUGGUGUACGUGUCCAACGGUCAGGUCCUGGACAGCAGGAGCCAGUCACCAUGGCGACUGUCCUUACUGAUUGAUCUGUUCUGGGGGGCGGUUGAGUUUAUCGGCCUGUUUUUUAAGACAAUGAUUAACCCUGACAUGGCAAAGGAUGGAAACUCUGCUUCGUCACGCUUCACUGAUGGCAGAGGUCCUCCAGGUCCCCCUGGUGGCAGAAGACGGAUGGGAAGAAUAUCCCACGGUGCUGGACCCAACGCUCCACCAAUGGGUGGAGGAGGAUGAGGAAGGUGA